UCCAAUCCAACGGCCUAUAUAUGGUCGACAGCCUGGCUUGUGCCACACUGCUCCUACUUUUUCCUACUCUCUGUUCGUUGUAAACAUUUUUGUCGUCUUCCUCCUCUCUCUCUAAACCCGGAAAUCUCUAUCAAGCUUUUUCUCUCUCUAGAAAAAAUUAAAUCCAAAAAAUGCUCUACAGGCUGGCUUAGUCAAAUCACGCAAUCCCAAAAUUAUAUCAACUUCCAUAAACCAGUCAGUUAUAGUUCAUGAAUUACCCACUAAUCACCAUAAUAAAAUAAUACCCGGUAAUAGGUGUCCCAUCUACUGCCUAAUUAGCCGACGCGUGUUCCCUAAUCGGGUAAAGUUACCGUUCCAGCCGGUCACCCUCACCCCCUAAACCGGUCAUCUCUAUCUUCUUCCCCAAGUGGUAUAUAUAUCAGCUGUUUCUUCUCUCUAGUUUCUUCUUAUAACUGAAAACCGAGCCCCCGCCUCUCAAUAAUAAACCUACUUGUAUAUAUAGCAAUCACACAAAGUAUUUUGUAUUAUAUUAUCUAAUGGCGCCGCCGGAGAUAGGACGGAGUGAGGCCGCGGAUCGGAUCAAGGGGCCGUGGAGCCCCGACGAAGACGACUUGUUGCAGAGGCUGGUGGAGAAGCACGGGCCGAGAAACUGGUCUUUGAUAAGCAAAUCGAUUCUCGGCAGGUCCGGGAAAUCAUGCCGUCUGCGGUGGUGCAAUCAGCUCUCCCCUCAGGUGGAGCACCGCCCGUUCACGCCGCAGGAAGACGAUGCCAUCAUCGAGGCCCAUUUCAAGUACGGGAACAAGUGGGCCACCAUAGCCCGAUUUCUGUCGGGCCGGACCGACAACGCGAUAAAGAAUCACUGGAACUCAACCCUAAAGCGCAAGUGCUUGUCCAUGUCGGAGGAGUAUUUCAGCAGCUUCGAUCCCGAGGCACAGCAGCAGCAGCCGCCGCUCAAGAGAUCCGCCAGCGUCGGGCCGGGCUCGGAUAUAUCUCCUUCCGGGUCGGACACGAGCGAUUCGACCCACCACCAUCUUUACCGGCCCGUUGCCAGAACAUGCCCGAUUGAGCUACAGACGGACCUCGUUACCUCGCUCAGCCUUUCCUUACCUGGAUCGGAUACAAAUCAAAAGCCCGAGCCCGAUUCGAACCAGAAACUCAGGAUGGAGCAACCAGCUCUAGGAACCGGGCCCACGCUGCUCCAACCGGCGCCAAUCGCUCAUAUCGCCAUGCCGCCGCCGCCGCCUCCGGCAGCUCAACUGCCAAGUCAGCAGUUCUUCAGUGCGGAGUUCUUGGCGGUGAUGCAAGAGAUGGUGAGGAAGGAGGUUAGGGAAUACAUGGCGGGGAAUGGGGUUGAUCGAAACGGGCUGUGCGUACAGAGUGAGGUGAUUAGGAAUGCUGUUGUGAAGAGAAUGGGGAUAAGCAAGAUUAAUUAAUCGAUGAGAUAUGAUUAAUUAAUUCAUUAUGGCAAUCAAGAGUUGAUCAGUUAAUGAAUAAUGAGAGGCUUAGAUCUUCAAAAUGCAACCUUGGAAAUGCAGAGGAAAUUCGGAAAUGGUGGUGUUGUUUUUUCUCUCUUCGAUCGUAGAAAAAUAAUUUUCGGGGUAGUGUUGUUUGUGUACAGAUGGAGGAGGAGCCGCCGGCAGCAGCAACAGAAGCGCUUAACGCUAUAAAUUUUUAUGUCGAAAUAGUUUAUAACACAACGGAGAGAUGAUGAACUGAUUACCGAUUGUUAAUUACUUAAUUAACUGUUUUAUUUUUUAUUU